AAAAAAAUAGCUUCACUCUUUAAAAGCAAAUUAUGAUUACAAGUAAAAUUCAUAAAACGUUAUUUCUCGCUUUCUUUCUUCCUGUUUUUCUUUCUUACCAUCUGGAUGCAAUAUGCCAGCAAAUUACUAACAAACUGAGGACAGAUGGUAAUUGGAAUCUUGAUGAUACUUUCUACCCGUACAGUAGUGGAAACAUAACUUUUACUCUGACCGAGAUGCCUUGUGGCGCCUCAACCCUUUUGAUUCAAUUAGUAUCUCAAAAUGGGUUAGGUGGCUUUCAUACACGCACAUUUACUAGUAACGAAUUAAAUGUUGCUAAAUAUGUCGGUGUUAAUGUUACUUCUUUGAGGGAACACCUAUUCCGUAUACAAGCUAUGGUUGAUGACUUCACUAACAUUAAUUGCAUUAACCCCAGUUUCAGUGGAGAAAUUUGCUAUUCUAAAUAUGUUGAUCCUCCUGACUGUGAAAGGGAAAAAAAUUUAGCAAUUGAUAAUUGCAAAAAUGAAAAAGUUAUAGAGAUUACUGUACCAAUUGCAACCGCGAUCAUUGGAGUAUUAGGAGGUAUAGCAGGAGUAUUAAUUAAACAACGUUUGGAAAAAAAAUCUAAUAAAUCUUCUACACCUUGAUGAGGUUAAACCAUCAAUUUAGACUAACACAAAAUUAUUAUUAUUUAAAAGUA